AUGACUCGGAGUCACGUGAUCGCCUCAUCAAGGGAAGCCUUUUAUUCUUGGCAGUAUCGCAGUCCAAAGAAACUUACUGCUUUAGAGCUUCAGACACACUCAAAACGAAAGGAUAUCAGGGAAAGGUUGGUUCUUAUUUUCGUCUGUAGUAGCACACUUCUGAAGUGCUAAAAGCUAGCCCCUACUAAGAGGCCCUGCCAGGGUAAAUUCUGACAAGCGACAUGGCCCAAAAAGUAGCGACAGCGCGUAAAAUGAAAUCGCGACCAGAGACAACCUCCCUCGGCCAAAUUGCGACAGUGACGGCAAAGCCGACAAUAAGCGACAAGCACUUAUAAACACCGACACGAGACGUUUUAAGAUUCAGACGGGCGACAUGUCCCCCCCCCUCCCCCUCCCGACCCGGCCGGUCCCUAUUAAGUUGGGAUCAUUGUACGUUUCUGGGAAACUGCCCACCUACUCCUCCCCUAAACCAACAUUAACACUUACUUCUCACUUACACUGACUUAGGGCAAAAAGUUGGCUUAGGGGAGGGGUACGAAAGAUUACUUUUCUUACGUCGAGCCAGUUGAGGAAUUAUUCCUCUUUUAUUCAACCACGAUCGAGUUGGAAUAGGCCGUUUCCGCGUUCCUAAAUAUCUCGCUUUCAAAACGAGGCGUAGGCGUAGGCCAAACGUCGAACUUUUCACGAAGUGGACCAAACUCGAAUUUGGGUCGACUCAAACUAAGCUAGGACUCGUCGAACCAAUCAAAUCAUGAAAAGUUCGACGUUUGGCCUGGGCCUUAGUUCAAAACCUUUCUUGUGAAAAUGAGUUUUAUUUGCAUGAGAAUAAGAAAUCAUUUUUAUAUCAAUGCUUCGCACUUAGCCUCGCUUUGAAACAGAGGCUUGGGACAACUGGGAAAGGGCCUAGAAUGGUGCUGUUAAGACUGAGUUUAGCCUUUCCAGUCUCUUCUCCCUCAGCUGGCAUCGUUUUCCUACUUGUUGAAUAGUGAACCCCACACGUAAUGCAGUCAUGAGUUUACUUUUUUGUUUCCUUUUAAAGUUUUAAUGAUACUAAUAAUUAAUUACAUUAAAAUAUAAUUUAGUAAGGAGUUGAUGUGAAUAAGCCUUAAAAUGCUUUUGUAAUGUUGUUGUUGUACUUUUGCUCUCAGUUAUUUUACACCGGCCCAAAUGCUAGAGGGUUUAGAAUCCACAAUUGAAGAGUGUUAUUAAUAUAAUGUAAAUUAAAUGGUGUUUGGAAUGAAGUAAGAAUUUCUUACCAGAAAUGAACAGUUUUAACACAAACGUAUGUCUUUGUGAGUCCUAAACUGUCAAACAUCUUCGGUUUGCUUAAAAUUUAACGUCAAACGUUGGAGCUAACCCCGUAAAGUUCAGGCCUAUUAGACUUUUUACUUUUUUAACGGCAAACGUUGGACAGUGAAUAAAUCUGAUAUAAGGUAUUUUGUAACUGGCUUUAGUACCGCAAGAGAUAAGCCUUUCCCAUACCCCCAUCAUGUAGUUAUAAGUGACGAACUUUAAAAAGGCUCUAUAACCCUUUUCUUACAAGUAACUUUGCACUCAUUUCUUCAUUCUUUUAAACAUAACUCCUUAAGCGACAGAGGAUCGACUUUCUAUCCAGAAUAUACAAAUCUGCGGUAAGAUAUGAUUAAUCUCCAGUAGAAGUAAUAUUUAACUCCUUAACUCGAGUUUCUGUCUAUAACUUCAAAAACUCAAUAUUAAUUCAUAAGGAAAUUAAAAUGGGAAGUAAAUGUUUUUGAGUGAUUCUAAUUCUGAUAAAACACGGCUGAGUUGUAAUCUCCAUUUUUCUCGGGAAAAUAAUGAAAACCAAACGGUUGUUCCAAAAAUUAAAGCAUUUUAAUUAACUUGUGUGUUAUCAAGUCUAACCACUCUCGGCUGAGCGUUAUGUUUUAACAUUCAUAAAACACUCUUGCUGUAAUUCAACUUGACGCAUCCUCAGUUUGCGCUGAAUUCAGUCCUAUGAUAAUAAUUAUCAUAUUUCCUUUAAAAUCAUUGAUUUUACUUUUUUUGACAAAUGAUUCCUGUUCUUUUUUCGUAUUAAAGGGUUUGGCGUUAAUUUGUUCCAACAGUCUAAGAAUUCAGGAAACGCAUUUCGUAAUGGGUUUAGCAGGGUUUUUCUUUCUUAAUUUACUUCUGAGCAGAAUGUUUCAUAUCGAUGAUGUACCAUCAGGCGCUGGAGAAGGCAUUAAAGACAUUAAUAAGGCUCUUGCGGUAUGUGUGUUCAUGUUAACUGUCUAGUAGAUCACUGUUGGUUCCAUUUUCAGUAGGCUGUUCUAAGCGUUCAGAUGGUACAGUGCGGCUCGUAGUCUGAGAGCGGGAAAAAUACGGAGGAAGAGAAGGGUAGAAAAUUCGCUCUCACUCCCCACCCCACCCCCUUCAGUUUCCGUUUUUUCCUGCUCGCAUCUCUUUCCGCCGUCUCCACAAUCUGAAUGCCUGGAACAGGCCACAUUUUCAGAAGCUGGUCUCGUCCGUCAGGGGAUUCUUUUGCCAGGCAAAUGAACGUAGUAUUUUAACUGCGACAUUGUCGCAUUAGAGAUGUGCAUCCGUUUAAGCUGCUUUAGAUUCUGACAGCGUGUUUCUAACGGAAACCUGGCACUAAAAAUCUCUCCCGAUGUUUUGAUCUAUCUUCUCAGCUUUACUUGUGUUAAAAUGCGUGUUGUUGUUCAUUUUUCAGCCAACUCAUGAUCCUGUCUGUUGUAUCUGUGCUUCCGAAAAAUUACUGAUCCUGGUUAGUGUUUUAUUCAUAUUGUUAUUCUUGCUUUUCUCAGUACAAACUGAGAGUCCAUUUGUUUUAGUUUCUGACCAUAGAAUUGACUUCAGGUUACGCGAUGUUAAUUUUGUACAUUAUUUUCUAGGGUCGUGAAUCAGGGACUAUUCACCGAUACUCCUUACCCAAACUCGCCCUGGAAAUGAAGAAUGUCCUCAAUUGCCGUCCACACCAACUGUCACUCAACUGCAUUUCGUCGUAAGAUCGCAAGUUAUAAUCAAUUUUAGUCUUCUUUUUUAAUGAAUAACUACUCUGGAGUUCGCGUUGACCGUAUGACUUUUUCAAGGUAUCUCAAGAUUUGGCGUGAGUUUAUUGAAGAAUUCCAGCGAAAGAAUGACCCAAUUGCUAUUGUCUGUUUAGUAUUUUUAAAUUUUCUGGAAUCUUCAGGUAUCUAUUGGUCCUCUAAGUCUUUGUUUGGACUUAGUAGUCAAUUUUAAAACCAAAAAGCGAUCUUUCUUUCUCUGUAAGAGAAAGGCUCUUCAGAGGAGAGGGAUAGAGGUCGGGCCGGGGCAGCAUUUCAAGCACUUAAACCACACAGUGGUUCAAAGGGUUUUCAGCGGAUAUCGUUGUCUUUUUUUGUAUUUAUGAAAUUUUGUGUUAGCUCUAACGGGCAAAAAAAAAAUACUUCUACCUUUUUAAAACGUUGUUCUUUUUUUCUCUUAGUCGCUUAGCUAUCAUUGACAUCUCCGGAGUCUUAUCAUUCUUUGACUUGGUAAGUUAGAAAGAAUAUCAUUAGUUAGUUGCCGCCCUUUCGUUCAAAUCUAUCAGGUUAAUUCUUUCCCGUGAGGUGGAUUCAUACACAUCAGUUCGUACGUGUGUUAGGUCAGUUCACAGAAAUUUUAGUGUAAUAUAGACCCUUAUUUUUACGACAAUUCGUUGUGUGUUAGAUUAGUUCACAAUGAAUUUCAUUUUUUCACAGGAUGUGAGGAAAACAGACAUCACAAAAAAUGAAACUGUUGUAGGCGAACAUCUGAAGUUUGAAAGAAAAGAUGUGUGGGAUAUGAAAUGGGCAGACGUAAGCUGCAUCGUUGGCUCGUUCAGCAAGUCCUUUAGAGCGAGUCACAAUUCAGUCACUAGGGAACUUUAGCACCGACAAAAGCGACGGCAGCGAAAACAUCACUUGAAAAUUAAAAUGAAUUCGCGUUUUUUCACAAUUUUCCGCGUUUAUUCCAGUUCGCUUGAAAUGUCAAAUGAGGGCGAAUUUCCCUGGAGUUGAUUUCUAGGGGACCGCACUUGAGUUUAGAAAGAGAGAGAAAAAUUCAUCGUUGCUGGUUUACGUCCUCCAUAAAACGUGAAAUUACGCAUUUUUACGUCGUAGUCUUGCAGAGACGGCAGAGAAAUGUACAAGAAAAGUGUGAUGAACGUGCAAAUAUGGUGUUUUGCUUGAUAAGUCCAUUGCUUUUUAUGACCUUCUCGUUGCCGUCGCCGUCGUUGUUGCUAAAGCGCCUUACUAUUCAAAGGCGCGGGCGUCCUUUUUCCGUAAACCUUUAAGAACUUCAGUCCCAGUUUUCAACUGCUGAUAAAAGCGGGAAAGUUGUUUUACAUAAUUAGCCAUUUGAAGGUUGCUCAAAAGAAUGAGUUGAUGUUGUUUGGCGAAGUGCAUUUUGGGACUAUUUUGUGGGACGAAAUUUUACCCAGUUUGCAGCGCAACCUCGUGAAAACAUGAAGAACGGCUAAGGUGGAUGCUAGCUGCAAACAUAAUUUUUUUCAUUUCACAAGUCAAUGAUGUGAUCGUUUUUAAUUUUUUAAAAGCCAUUUCCACUCAGCUCAUGCAAACAAAAAACAAUUGAAAAGCGUUUCUAGUCUGAGUAAAUAUCUAUUUACAGUUUUUGAAGUUUAAUUAAGAGACAACACUCUCUUCUCCUUUAUUUACGCUUUUCUGCUGUCUCCUUAUGUAUUUGUUCAUCCCCUUUCGGUCAGCUCAUUUCUUUGUUCUUUACUUUUGAAGGAUAAUGCUGAGUUGUUUGCGAUGAUGGAGAAGACACGAAUGUAUAUAUUCCGCAAUCUGGAUCCUGAGGUAUUCGUUGAAGCGUGGGCACAAUAUCCCACUUUAUCUUUUGUUGUAGUCUACCGUAAAAUUCCGAAAAUAAGCCCCUCCAUGUAUAAGCCCCUCCAAAUAUAAGCCCCCCAAACCGAUAACGCAAAAAACCCUCCGUUAAAUCGCCCCUCCAAAUAUAAACCCCCGGGGGCUUGUACGUGGAAAAUUGGCCUCAAAUACAAAGUAAAACAAAGCAAAAGCGGUAAAUUUACUUCAAACUAUAAGGCUAGGCCAGUCGAUUUUGAAACGCAAAUUUCCCUCCGUAGAUAAGCCCCUCCACAAAUAAGCCCCUCAAAAAGGGCCUUUGGAAAAUAUAAGCCCCGGGGCUUAUUUUCGGAAUUUUACGUUAAUUCAUUUAAAGCGACCAUUAGAUUUGACUAGUAGUACAAGAUAACUGGCGAGCGGAGGAUUAUGGAAUUUCAAACUAGUGUAAAAACCUCUAUGUUCUCGCUUUUUCUUGCUGCCGACCUGACAUACGGAGCGGUAACAGAUAAUUGUUUUGUGACGAAUGGUUAUCUAAAAAAAUAGGCCAUUUCCGAGCUCCAAAAACCCUCACUUUCAAAAUGAGGCCAAAUGCACCACCACUCUUGUGAAAAUGAGUUUUAUUUGCAUGAGAAUGAAAAAUCAUUUCCAUAUCAAAGGCUGAGCACUUAACCUCGUUUUCAUACUGAGGCCCGUUGUAAGGAAAACUCGGCUCGCAUUCGUACGUAAGGCUCGUAUUGUCAGCUAAAUGUAAAGGUCUUAAAUGAUCCAAUAACUGAAGCAGAGAAAGCAACUAAGACUGGAAUUCAUUACCUUAUCGGUGGGUAUGUUCCCUUUGACAAGCCGUUACAAUGUAGGUUGUGAAUGAUUUCCCCAUUUAUUAUUUUGCCUUUAAUUUUGGUAUGCUGCACCCUAUUUUAGGAGCCAAUUUUGAGCUCUGGAUACAUUUGUCAGUUCAAUGACUUAGAAGUGAGAGCUGUACUACUUGAUGAGAUAAUGAAGGUUUGUAUCAAAUCCUCUGCAGAAUAAGAGUUCCUAGUGUCAGAACGGGGAAAAAAAGAGAAGGAAAUGCUGAUUAACGCUGACCUGUUGAAUUAGAGGAGCGAUAAUCGUUUGAAAUAAUUUUAUUGCAAGAGUGCUGUUAGUAUAAGUUCUCUCGAAUGGUCAUACUCGAGGCUUUCUUUAACUUAAAGGGGCUGUGUCACGGCAGUCCAGUUCAUUGUGUUCAAUUUUUCCAAUUACUCGCCCUCAAUCGCUAUGGAACUUAAAGUAAGCAAAGAAAUUACAUGUAAAUGACAAAAUCAGAGAUCCGUGACAGACAAAUAUGUCUCCUGAGCAUUAUUUUUAAAGUUGCAAGCAGCAGGAAUCAACUUUGAAAAACUGUUAGGCUGAACAGUUUUCAAAAAUCCUAAUUUCAAUCCGUUUCAAUCUUCUUCAGUUUUGCCCAUCCGUGGCAUCUGUUGUUUCUGUUAUGUUAUUUUAACCUUCCUUUAAAGUUUUAAGCGGUUAUUUUUAUGUUUCUCUUAAUUUAACGGGUAUUUUGUAAUUCCCUAAUUUGGCUGAAUUUCGUGACACAGCUUCUUUAACGUCAGAACCACCUUAUAUAGAAUGAUGAACGACACUGCAGAAAGGAACUGCUUCAUGGUAACUUUCGCAAGAAUUUUUGACCGUUGACUGGGUACCAGACUUCAGAGUGAUAGGCUCGGAUUCGAUUCCGGGCCAUAUCACCAUUUAGAGUCUUAAAGAAAAUGGCGAGAAAGUGCUGUCUUGGUUCUGAUACCUACAAAUGGUUAGACAUCGUUUUCUUCUCGGGUAAGGAAGUAAAACCCAAGGCCUCAUCAUCUCACAGCACUUUUACGGCCGCACUUUUAGGACCGGUUCAGACGCCGAACUUUUCAUGAGACCCGCUGAAUUGAUUCAGACGCCGAUGUUAAUUACCGCUGAACUAAAUUCAAAAGGAGGAAAUUGCUCGUUUCGACGUUAUAAUAAUUUAUGUAUUAGGUUCGGUACAUGAAAAGCUUGGCGUCCUGAAUCAAAGCCGCGCUAAAGGCGACCCAAAGUCGAUAUUCCUGGUCGGGCUGGGCGGGAACAACGGCUAAGCCGCUACAAAUGAAAACAGGCGUUCCUAAUUGAUUCAGACGCCAAACCUUUUAUGUGCUUAAUUCAAUAUAUUCGGUUCGUCUCGUGAAAAGUUCGGCGCCUGAACCGUGCCUUACUGAUGCGUCUCUUGUCAGAUGUAAGAGAACCCACGCGGAUGAAAACCGAAAACAAUGUCAACAUCUCUCUGCAAUACCUUUCACACGCUUUUGUUUCUUAUUCUUAAUGCUUUGUGACUUUCACAUUUCCUUUGCUUUUCUGAAAGGAUCCUGACCAUCCAAACAAGGAAAACCUCAUCGACUUGGAAGUUAAGGUAAGAUAAACAAACUCGACUGUGUAGCUACACACCUAUACCAGGAAGUCUGCGAAACCAUCUUACAUACAGCCAGGGUUUUCGGUAGCAUUUGGAAGUACCGGAUGCAGUGGUUCAGCUGGCGAACGUGCACCGUUCGCGCCGCUGGCGCGCACGUUGAGUUCCGGAGGCACGAACUCCUAGGGGGGUCCGGGGUCAUGCCCCCCGGGAAAAUUGGUAAAAUUGGUCUCUCUAAAAUGCAAUUUCCUGCGUUCCCUGGACCGGAAUUGGGUAACCGGAAUUAUCCCCUUUUUUUUUCGAUUGUAUGCAUUACAUAACUAAGUGAGUAAAAUAAGGGUCAUGUCUUUCUUUGGUUAAUAAAUAAAAAAAAAAAAAACGAUUUUCACACGGCAAUUAAAUGAAUGGUUAUGUAGAAAAACCGAGGCUUUAGUAGAGGUAAAGGCAUCAACGCUAUUUGGAUUGCUUAUCGAUAUAUUCAAUAAUUAAAAAUAAUAGCCGCUAGCGGUCAGUAUUCCCAACUAACAGUGGCAAGUUGAUAGGUUUUCCAUUAUUGCCCGCUCAUAGACUCUUCGCGGGAAACCGUUUCGUUGCUAGACGUCACCAUGACUUUGAAAUAGCCAAAUAACCCAAUGAGUAUUUUCAUUGGUAGGAGUAAUGUAGCUAUAUUCUGUUGUAGUAAUCAUUUCUUUCACAUUACUUGUAAUUGUUGUUUGUCUCAUUUUUUAACAGUCCUUGCGUGACGCUGGUGAUUUGUUAGAAAAAGUCGGUAUUCCUGAUGCCUAUCAGUUCAUUGAGGAUAAUCCACAUCCAAGAUUAUGGUAUGGUUAUCACGUUGUUGCACUUUUUGCACUCCCUUGUACCCUAAUUUCACAUCACAAGAAGCCGAAAAUUUCGUAUGUGGGGGGUAUAUACAGGACACCAGCAAUGAAGCUUAGAGAAUUUCCUACGGCGGGUUCUGAAAAAUUUCCGUCCUAUUUUCGGAACAGUUUUCAUUUUUUUUCCCGAUUUUUUUCGAGAAAGUUUGUUGAGAACCGAAUACCUCCGAAGAUUUUCUAUUUUCUGUAAGCCUUUCAAGAAAAAGGCAGUGUAUGAGUAAACGGGAAAGAAGGCAAUAAUUACAAAGCUUCGUUGGUUGCGUAGAGCUUUUUGAAGAUUUCCGACGAUUAGCAAAAUUUACCUCCUUUCUGAAGACCACACGAAUCUUUCGCUCGCACUAGCUGGUUCGAAAUGAAUUCAACACGUGAAAAAAACGUAAAACUUAGUAAUCUCUGCUUGAGUGUUGUUUCAGUACCCGAGUAUCCCAUUUUUUAACGUUUAGAUCUUUAGUGAGGCGCUUAUAUUUUAACUCUAUCAGCAAACCUUCACAUGCGUGUAAUGCUUUCUAUUUUUACCGAAGGCGUUUGUUGGCCGAGUCUUCUCUUGAAAGACUGGAACUAGAGGUGGCAGAGAAAGCUUUUGUUCGUUGCCAGGAUUACCAAGGAAUCAAGUUUGUCAAGAAACUUGCGAAACUAGAUGUAAGUUUGUUGCUAAGUUUUGUCUUCCGUUGUGUUUGUUUGUUUGGUUGGUUGGUUGGUUUAGCUCUCGGAUGAGAGAGGCAAAGUAUAUCUAUGUCUAAGGUGGAGAGUUAUGGAGCGCUUGCGGGUAGCUUAAAAAGAAAUGAGAAAGAAAAACCGUCAUUCUUUUACAGAACGAAACCAAGAAGAAGGCUGAGGUUGCUGCUUAUUUCAAGCGAUUCGAAGAGGCUGAAAGACUAUACUUGGAGAUGGACAGAAGGUAUUAUCAUUUUAUUGUUGUUGUUUUUCUAUGUUUUGUUUGAAUGCUGAACAUAAUGGAUAUUAAAAAGUGAAAUAUCGCGAAGUUAAAUGAAAUUUGCUGGUGGUUGUGAAUUUUUCAGAGACCUUGCUGUUGACCUCAGGCUGAAGCUUGGGGACUGGUUCAGAGUUGUUCAACUUCUGAAGACUGGGGGAGGAGGGGGUGAGUAACUCUUUACCCUUAUCCCUUCCUCGAACAGUUCGUAUUUAGCCGUUUGCCUUAAUAUCAACAUACACUGUAAAACAAUUAGGAAACUUCGGAAAUGAUUGUCGUUGAUAUGUCUCAGCUAUAAGCUUUAUUGCUAUGACUAAUGCCAUUUUUCCCAUCAAGCCUUCGCCUAAGUCUCUCACGCAGCCGUACUCUGUGUAGUCACGCAACUCCUCCUUGUGGGAAGGACCCUUGCUUGACGAUACAAAAACCGGCUGUGUACUGUAGGAUACUUGCUCCGCCCCCUAGGUUAUCAAUAUAAUAACUGGUAGAUGAUUUUUUGUUCCUUGCUUGACACACUGACUCUUUUGUGGAGAUGAAACCAGUUCAUACAAAAAUAGAGCCUUUUUACAUGACGCCGCGUCCGUAAUGUUGAUGUCUUUGUGGGAGUUGAACUCUUUUCUUUUGUGAAUGCUUUCUUUCGUUGCAAGUGAAAUAGUUUUUAAGGCGUUUUUGUGUUCAGACGAGCUAAAACAGCCUUCUCACAUGAGUAUAAACUUUUUUAGGUGAUGACCAACUGUUGGAGCAGGCCUGGAACGCUAUCGGAGAUUAUUACGCUGAUCGGCAGAAAUGGCAGAACGCGGUCACAUAUUACGUACAAGGAAGAAAUCAGGCUCGUCUGGCAGAGUGUUACUAUAUGCUUGAAGACUACAGUGGCUUGGAGAAAAUGGUCAAUACUUUGCCAGAAAACCACGCCCUGUUAUCGGUUAGUGCACGGGGAAAUAGUCCCUUUCAUGUUAUGGUGUCUUUCUAAAUUUACAAUGUCCCUGAAGUUUCAAUCAGAUUGUCUACGUUUCCCUUUGAUUGUGAGUGUAAUCCCCCUAAACGGAAAAACAACAACAUCGAAAAAAGCCUACAAACACUAAUUGUGAUGAACAUUGCUUUCUACAGGAAAUUGCCGGAAUGUUUUCCGCGGUUGGUAUGUGUGAACAGGCCGUGACCGCGUUUACCAAGGUAAGUCCUAUUUUGACCACCUUGCCUAUUGUGGAGCAGCUGUGCGCGUUAUACAGAUAGGCAUUCUUUGUGUGUGUAUGGCUCAAAGAGAGACUAGUAUCUGCUUGACUUUGUUCCGUCGAAUUGUAUUGUCUUUGAAACCAGGCAACAAGAGGCAGCUUGCUACAGUUCUGUGACUACUACUUACUUAACCCAACCUUCAGUUGUUUUAUCCAGACCUGCGAAAAUUCCUUUUGCCGAACUAAUCUAAACACUAGUUCGCUUUUGUAUUUCUGUUUCUGCAGACAGGAAAAGUGAAAGAAGCUAUCGACUGUUGUGUUCAACUAAACCAAUGGGACCAAGCUAUUGAGCUAGCAAAGCAGCAUAACAUCAAAGAGAUUGACACACUAUUGGCCAAAUACGCCUCGUAUCUCCUGGAGAAGAACAAAACACUUGAUGCAAUAGAGCUGUAUCCUUUUGUAGAUGUCUUUGUGUGUGGACCAUUUUGAGGCUGCGCGUGAUACUCCAUGAAUCGCUGUUGUGUUGAACUGCGUUAUGGGAUUGUCUUGGAGGACAAAUUUUGCCCCCGUCUUCUGCGCAACCUUGCAAUAGGCCACUUCCGAGUUCCAGAAACCCUCACUUUCAAAAUGAGGCUAGGUGCACAACCUUUUUUGUGAAAGUGAGUUUUAUUUGCAUGAGAAUGAAAAAGCAUUUCCAUAUCAAAGGCUGAGCACCUACCCUCGUUUUGAAACGGAGGCCCGGGGAAACUCGGAAAUGGCCUAUUGUCAACGAAAGAGGCGUUAGCGUACCGAAACAUGCCCAUAGUGCAAUUCGACUCAGCACCGACCCAGUCUCUCGCGCAAAGUGGGUAAUAGUGGACUGCAAGCCAAUAUGGAAAUCAUUUUUCAUUCUCAUGCAAAUAAAACUCAUUUUCACACGAAAGGUUGUGCACCUAGCCUCAUUUUGAAAGUGAGGGUUUAUGGAACUCGGAAGUGGCCUACUGGCCAUUUCCGAGUUUCCUCGGGCCUCUGAACCCUUAACGGUUAAGGGCUCAGCCUUUGAUAUGGAAAUGAUUUUUCAUUCUUAUGCAAAUUUUCGCAAGAAAGGUUGUGCACUUGACCUCGUUUUGAAAGUGAGGGGUUUUGGAACUCGGAAGUGGCCUAUUAUGGUUCCGCUGCGGAAAAUAGUGCUUUGCGCAUUUUUAUUUUUAAAUUAUUCGCAUUUAUUAACAAAUAGACAACAACGUUCCUAUAGACUAUAGAAAAGACAUCAAAAUGUUCAAAACUCAAGUGGAACCACGAGCCUCUGGCUGGUGGUUUCACUGCAAAGGUUUGAACAUUUUUGGCGUCAUUUCUAUGGUCUAUAAGAGUAUAGACCAUGAAAAAGAGAAAUUAAAUUGCGUAACCAUCACGUCAUUUCUAUGGUUUGCACUCUUAUCGACCAUAGCUCUCGACCAAUCAGCGAGCGAGAAAUCGCUUAAUUAUUGUAAAAAUGUCCACAUAAUGGUAAACCCCUUUACAAUGUUCAGGUACCGAAAAGCAAAUCAUUUUAUUGAUGCCGCAAAACUUCUCUUUAAAGUAAGUACUGGAUAGAAUUUAUUAUUUGUUGGUGUUUUGUUAACAACCAUUUUUUGUUUGCACCCCUAUACGACGACUGCACACUCUGAACAUUUGUUAAACAAUUUUUGGUUGCAGGAUUUUUUUUCUUGUUUUAUUAUUUUUAUUGUUAAAUUCAGGUCGCCGCUGAGGUUUCGGACGCCAAGACAAACCCCCUUCGAGCGAAGAAGUUGUACGUUCUUGCUGCUCUACUGGUAGGUAUUAUUUCUUAAUUAUAGUAUGACUAUAAAACGACCCACUUUACAGAAUAAUGAAUAAAUAACAACUAAUAAAUUCAUCAUGUUGUAUUGAGUUUUGAACCAAUAACAAAGGUUUUUGUGUUAACUGACAGGUCGAAAACUACCACGAGCACGUAAAGAUGACGAGCAUGAAAACGGCAUCUGGAAAAGACAAGAAAAGCAAGAGAGAGGUGCGUGGAGCAGUUUCAGGGAACCUAGGCUUUAUAACGGACGGACCAUGAGAAAACGUAUGGGGAGGGGCGGGUGAAGUGCAAAAAAAAUAUUCACGCAAGGGAAAAUUAAAUGAAAAAAACUUCAUGCACGCCAAUUAACCUUAAAAAAUAUUCAUGCUACGGCCUAAAACAAAUUCAUACAGGGAAUUUGAUGACGAAAAAAAUUCCUGCGGCUCAAAAAUUCUCCCCCCCCCCCACCCCACCCUCAUAACUUUUCUAAUGGUCCGUCCCUAAGGGAAGAUUUUUGGAGUUUAGAUAGACCUCUACGUUCGUUAUCACGUUGUUUAUCAUACAUCUUAUAAAGUCACCUGAUAUAAAUAGACAGACAGCAGCAGCUUCUGGCUCCAUCGUAAGCUGAAUUCCGAGCUUACUGGUCAUAUAUACAAUUUACAGAGGACACGUGCUGUUGUCCUCUUAUCUGUGAUAUUUUGAUAUUACAUUACACAAAAUUACAUUUUAUUUCAUUUCAUUACGGUACGUUACGUUAUCUUACGUUACGUCUGGUUGCGUUACGUUACAGACGUAGUCUUCUAUGUAGUACGAUCUAAUUGAUACAAGUUUGCUUUGUUAGUCCACUCUCUUCCAUAUUCUACUUUUUUAAUUUACAAGAUGUACAAAUUGCGCUCCUUAUCUCUUUCAAAGCUUUGCAUCAAGCCUCGCUUUUAGAAUGAGGCUGAAAGCUCGGCUAUCGAAAGAGUAAAUCCUUGAACUCUAUAAACCUUAACAAAGUUAAACGCGGGAUAUUUCUUCCAGGUGUGGAAAAACAGAAAAGUUAAAAGAAGGCUGUUUCAAUANAAAACCCCCCCCCCCCCCCCAUCCCCAUAACUUUUCUAAUGGUCCGUCCCUAAGGGAAGAUUUUUGGAGUUUAGAUAGACCUCAAAGUUCGUUAUCACGUUGUUUAUCAUACAUCUUAUAAAUUCACCCGAUAUAAAUAGACAGACAGCAGCAGCCACUGGCUCCAUCGUACGCUGAAUUCCGAGCUUACUGGUCAUAUAUACAAUUUACAGAGGACACGUGCUGUUGUCCUCUUAUCUGUGGUAUUUUGAUAUUACAUUACACAAAAUUACAUUACAUUUCAUUUCAUUACGUUACGUUACGUUAUCUUACGCUACGUCUGGUUGCGUUACGUUACAGACGUUGUCUUCUAUGUAGUACGAUCUAAUUGAUACAAGUUUGCUUUGUUAGUCCUCUUCCAUAAUUUACUUGUUUAAUUUACAUGAUGUACAAAUUGCGCUCCUUAUGUUUUUCGAGGCUUUGCAUCAAGCCUCGCUUUUAGAAUGAGGCUGAAAGCUCGGCUAUCGAAAGGGUAAAUCCUUGAACUGUAUAAACGCUAACAAAGUUAAACGCGGGAUAUUUUUUCCGGGUGUGGAAAAAAGAAAAGUUAGAAGAAGGCUGUUUCAAUAGCAUAGUCGGGGCUAUCAUUCUUUAUUUAUGUGAUGUUCAAUUUGUCAAUUUUUUAUUCCAAUUUCAAAGAUAUUAUACAUGACCAUUUCCAAAAAGAAGAACACUAGAAUUUGAACCAAAGAAAACAUUGAUCAACAGCGUUACAACCGUCAUCUGUGAGAAACAAUCUUUCUCCUGUCAACAAAUCCAGUUUAGCGUAGUUCAGAUUAUGUGCUCUAAUUGUUCAUUUGUGUCUCCGACUUUCAGGAUAUUUACGGCCAGGUAUUGUGAGUGUAGUGGCAGAGAUAGAGAUAGAGAGAUAGAGAGAGAUAGAGAUAGGUAGAAUGAGAUAAUUAGUAGCUUCAAUCUUGUUAAGUGCUCAGCUUAGUCAGUUAUAAUAUACCUGGUAUAGUUCAGUUUUAGUUCAGUUAGUGAAGCGCCCAUCUGAUCCAGUUCAAGGUCAGGGUUCGAUUCUUGGUCAAGCUUGAAUUUUAUCAGGGUUCCUUUCAACCGCUUAGAUUGUUUGUUUAACAGCGAAGAUCACAUCCACUUUCAUAUCUGGUUUCCGCUUCGGUAAAAACAUGGCCUUCCUGUUCCUGUUUCUGUGGAUAUCAGUACAAUUGACUGUCGGUAAAUAUCUUCCCAAAUUUGGUCAACCGUACAACGAGUUGCAAGAGUACUGGAGACACUUUACCGUAUUUUGGCAUAAAUGGCCUGUCCAUGAUCUUAUGCUUGUGGUCCCCCCCCCCCCCCCCACCCAUUAGGGAACUUAAGAUAGAGACGUUUUCGGGGCGACGGCAACUUUAACCGGACGUGACAUCAUCAUUUGUUGGAUAUUGCGCAUGCUCGUGCUCACCACCUUGCCGUCGUGGUCCCGUCGGCGACGUGAAACUGGUCUGUUUGGCGUUGUGGCGAAAACGUGAGUAUUUAACUGUCAUUUCAAUCAGGUUUGUUGCGUUUAGCAACCAACAUUUUGCAGAUUAUCGUUCUUAAAUUGUCCUUGUUUUCUUUGAGGCACAUUUCAAGCUCGAUUUCCAAGCUAUGUUCGCUAAACUUACAUCUUUGAAUGUUUCUAUGUUUUGAUGUCACAGGGUCAAGAUCCAACUUGGCAAACAGCCAACCGUAAGUGAGCUUGACAUGGGACAAAAUUUUCCCACGAGCCAAAUAAAAGUAUCCAGACAAAAAAUAUGAACUCCGAUAUUUCAAUUGUGUGUUUUUAGUUCGCUCUUUUCUUUAGAAUAUCGUAUAAAAGAAACGCAUUGAAAAUUAUAUAGAAUAGUAGGUAAUACCAUGUACUAACUCGGCGUGGGAAUACUGAAAUAAAGUUGUUGCCGUUGUUGUUGUUGUUGCAUGCAAGUAUUUCCCGGGAAUUAUUUCAAUGCCAAACUAAGAAUACGGUUCCUUGGUAGCAUUUUAAUGUUCCUGUAAUUUGCAAGGCUUCGGUAAGCCUGUGAAGAUCAUUUUUUUUCAACACGAAAUUCUGCCUUGAACUCAGCUGCAUCCCGCAUGUUUUUUAGCGUGAACGGAUCGUAACUGACCCGAGGAAAAUCGGGAUUUUUGGACUCAUAAUUUUCCCACAAAACGAGAAACUCUUCAUCCGAUACAUGUUGUCUGCAUAGCAAAUAUUUAUUCUCUUAAUUCUUUAUGUGAAGCCAUAUUUUCCUCUUCGGUAUUCUUCUAAUUAAAGGCGCCGUCCUUCUGAGUUCACUGCGAUCUUAAUGUUCUAUUUUUGACGGGGAGCGACGGCUGCCUUAGUUCCAGGCUUUCUCUGCCAGUCCGGUCGCCGUCGCCCCGAAAACGUCUCCAUCUUAAGUUCCCUAUUAUCAAAGUUGCAUGCUAGCAGUACAAGACCAUGCUCAAAACUUGGAGGAACAACUUUGAAUGGGAGGGAGGAGGGAGGUCAGUAUUAUAUCUCACAGACCUGUGAAAGGUCGUGUUUUCGUGGGAGUAUUUUGCAACUGGUUGUAGCUUGUUUUAAAGAAUUUGCCGGGGGGUUAAAGCCAAUCAGAAAGGGUGAAAUAUUUUGCAUAAUUAUUAACAUUAUUAUUAUUUAUUUCCAGCACUGACCCUUAAUUUUACACUGAAACUUGAGGUUAUAAUACUUAAUUUCUUUUGUUUGGCAGGCAACAUCAGCAUUGGCUGGCUUGCUUGAAGAAGACGCCAUUGCCACAGACGAGAGUAAAAUUAUCGAUAACGCAUGGCGUGGAGCGGAGGUAACCAUCCAAAUAAUAUCUCUUUAGCAUUCCUUCAAUCACAUGGUACUAUGUAUUAGUUUGUACUUUCGCAAGCUAGACUUAAUUUCUUUUUAGUAUUUUACAAAUCGACAUUUGCUGCAGUUUUUCUUGGUGUUAGUUUUGGAUACUCUUUGGAGUCAACUUAUUUCACCCCGUUCUCCCUUUUCCAGGCAUACCACUUCUUUCUUUUAGCACAAAGACAAAUGUACGAGGGAGCUAUUGACGCUGCAAUGAAGACCGUAAGUAAUAAAGACGCAGACUUGCUGUAACAUGUGUUAAACUCAGCUUUACAAACGAGAAGAUAACUGGACCGGAAAUGUGGUGCGGCAAUUGCUUCUGGGAUCGUUACUGGUGACGUGCCGGUCAGCUAUUGGUCAAUUUUUUCUUCUGGCCCAUAGUAACAGUCCCAGAAGUCUUUGCGAAGUUAACUCGGCCCAGUUUCCUUGCCGUUUCUAAAGUAGCAAAUUCAGCUGCAUUGUCACGUCGUUCACUGUCUUGUGUCGCGAUAGUCUGCAUGCUGAAACUGAAAACUAAAUGAUUUGUUCUUAGGCCCUGCGCUUGUGUGAUUACGAAGACGUGUUGGAUCCAGUUUGUAUUCACUCUCUUUUGGCGCUGGUAAGCUGUGCUAACAGAGCGUUUGGAACCUGCUCAAAGGUAGUGUAUGGACUGUAACUGAUACAGAUAAAACUACAAAACUCAUUUAUAAUACCGUAAUAAUAGUGCGUAACUAACACCAAUACAGUACUCGAAUCCAUAAUAGUGGACUCACUCAAAAGGACGGCGAAGGAAAGAAGACGGUAAGACAUAUGAGACCAGCGUGGCGUGUUUGAAAAUUCCGCCAAACUUUAUGUUAUUGUAAAAGUUCAGAGCACAGUAAGGUUAAGAUCACGACAAAACUCUACGUUUAUCACACACAAACGUUUUGCAGUUCUCUUCUCUCUACUGUCCCAUUGCAUAGGUCCAGGGGCGGAUCCAGGAGUGGUUACACCACUAAAGAAUGGAGUAACUGACUGGUGACGUAAACAAAUUUUAAUGAAGAAUACCAGCUGUAUUAGAAAGCCGCAGGUCAUCUCAUGGGGGGAGGGGUGCGCACCCCCUGCAUCCCCUCCCUAGAUCCGUCCCUGAAGCUAACUAAUACCGUAACGUGGACUCCUUCACAAUGAAAGCCCUUGUUAGUUCUUUCUCCGGAUGGUCCUUAGAUCGGAAAUAUUCGGUUUAUUUAAAAUUGUGAAUAGCCAUUAGCUUGGUGUGAGUAAUAAAGCAUGCUCCAGCGUUUGAUCCUACCUCUCUGCAAAUAGAUAUAGAUUUUCCAGGAAUAUCAUAAACUGUACCUGUUAUGGGGGCGUUUUGUUUUUGUUCAGGCUUUUAUCAAGUUGGAGUCGAUUGAGAGUCUCACACAGGAACAGAAGAAUGCUUAUGAAGAACUUGCUUUGGAAAUAUUCACUAAGUAUGUCUCGUUAAAGCACGUCAAAGCUUGAAUGGGCAGUUGUCUAAAGGCGAAGCUGCCGUUUAAAUGUAUAAUUUACUUCAAACAAUAAAGUUGUAACCAUUGCAAAGAAAUCCAUUUGGAGUUGGAGCCUGCGAUCGAUUGAUAACUAGUAACUUAACAUCAGAUAACUCCAAAAAAAAACCCGUAACCUCGAUGGGUCGACGCCUAAGCCCGUGAUAUGAGCAUAUGAUACUGGUCAGCGGAUAUCCUGUUUUGACAGCCGUCAAUUGACCACAACCUGGACGUGCAAUAUCAGCUAGAAAGUGUAAGCUUUCACUUUCGUUGCUUAGCCCCUGGACGGACGGACGGACGGACGGUCAUGUGACUUCCAAAUUUUAUCGGAUGGAAGGAUAACCAAAUUUUCUUAGCCUUUGGGCUGCACUUUUUGCGCGCGCGUGGAACUCCUCUAUAAAGUGAAUACUUUUCUAAGACAGACACGCAUAACUGGCGCCAGAAGUGGCCGUGUCACAGAGAAUUGAUUGUAUCUUGUUGUUUGUAGACACUCACCAAAGGAUUCCCGUGGUAACAAGGCGGAGUGUACUAGCUGCGAAACUAUGAUCCCUGAUUGGUAUGUACAUGUAUUAGGUUUUGACAGUUAGGUUGCUGGAUUGCUUGCCAUUGGUUAAACAUAAUUACACAACUUAGUAUACGCUUCAUCCUUUUCCUUGUAAACAUAUACCUUUAUACGCUGAGGGAGCCCAAUAUUUAUAAGUCUUACUGAUUCGUUCUUGGCUUCCUCGCCACAUUCAUUUGCUCAUGUGUAGUCCUGUAUUUUUGCCUUUUUGUAGUAAAUUUAAACAAUAGAAAACGUUUUCCGUGUUUGCAUAGCCUGAUAUAAACACGAGAGGGGUUGGGAGAAUUCGAGGCAGUUAUGUAAACCCGAAACGAAGUCGAGGGUUUACAUAACUGUCGAGAAUUCUCCCAACGCCUCGAGUGUUUAUAUUAGGCUAUGCAAACACAGGAAAAAAAGUUUUCUGUUGCUUUUAUAAAAUAACUUUCCCGAGAAAAGACGCAAAACUCUUUGUAUGGCACUGAUUAAAGGAGAAAUUCUUACCAUUCGCAAAGUCUUGUCCACGAAGUCUUGAACGCGUAAUCAGUUCUUGUUUUGCAAAAAGAUGCUUUCCAAAAUACGGACUUUUCUCGUUUAAAAUGUCAGCUAAAGCGAAAAAAAAAUUCAUACACCUUCUUUGUAACGAUUUUCCAAGUUUCAGCCGACGAAGAAAUGGGUAAAUAAAGUAAACUUGUCGAGUUUUUAACUCGAAAAAUUUUCAAAUUCGUGCUUGCGUGAUUAGCGCGCGAAAAGCAAAACACCUUGACGCCACAACAAUGUUUACAUACUCUCAUGCAAACACUCCUCUGGGCCAAUCAGAGCACGCGUAAUAUCUUAGUUAUUUUAUAAAAGACUGUAUUGAAUGAUAUAUAGCGUACGCAUGGGUGCUGCAUGUACUUAGAAGAAACACCAGCUAUUUCGGUCUACAUGUGGGCUAUGGUUGGCUUGUGUUUGACCACUCCUUUUUUCCCUUAAAAAAGAAUUUCGCAAUGCCCUCACUGUACUCGGGACCGCUAUUUCAGCCUGAUCAUCCAGCCACUUGCAUAUCUAACCUGAACCGGAACUACGCUAACUUCAACUCUAAUGGGAAAAACGUUUUUUAACCUCGUCCUGUACUCUUUCAUCUGGGCUUACAAGGUACCAAGUUCCGGAGCCAAGCUUGAAAACAUAAUUUCCUUGCCGUUUGUUUUAUAAACCUCUUGUCUCUUUGUAUAUUGUGAAUUGUUUGGUAAAAUGGUUGGUCGGAAAUUUUUUUUCCUGGUGUGAUUUUUUCGUUUUCGUCUUUCAUAGGAGCCAAGUUUGUCCGAAUUGUGAUACCAAAUUCCCAACAUGCAUUGUGAGUGGUCGUCCGCUGAUGGACUAUCAGUUCUGGAUGUGUGGCACAUGUAAACACCGAGCCUACGAGCAAGAAAUCAGCGCUCUGAACCAUUGUCCACUAUGUCAUGCGCCAGUCUGA